AUGAAGCCGACGGUUAUUCAACUGUGGAUGACAAAAGUGAGAGAGACGGGGAUUUUAAACUCCCUAGGAGUGAAAAGAAGAAGGAAAAGUCUAAAAAGAAGAGAGACGAGAAAAAGAAAAAAGCGAAGAGGAAAAGAAAGACAAGAAAAACCCAAAAGUAGAGGCCCCGACGAGGCAGGCAGAGGUAUCACCAAAAGGGCUAGGACAGCAAAUGAAGCGAGUGACGAAGAAAACAACGACAAAGAAGAGCUCCUAAAAGAGCUAGCAGCCCAAAAAGAACUGAUGAGACAGCUGUUCGAAGCCACCAAAACCAGGGAAGCCCAGUACGAGGUACGGCUGGUGAAAAACGAUGAAGAGAUAGCCCAGCAGAGGGCCGAAAUAGCGGAGCCGAAGAAAGAAAUAUUGGAGACGAAAGACGCGAUGGUCAAGUCACAAAAGCAGGUGGUGGACCGGUUAGACGUGCUGAUGGAAGCCCGAAGCCAGGACAACAAGAGCCAAUAA